CCGGACGGCGUCAACUUUUUUGAUUCAGGUUACACGUUAUAUGACAUAUUUAACUUUGGUAAAAUACAAGGAGGUAAUUUACAGAAAGAAAUUACAGGCCAUUGGAGUCAAGAAACAGGUCUAAUUGUGAAGAAAAGUUUCAAAUACACACGACGAUUUGAUUUUCAAAGACUUGCACUAAGAUUAAUGAUAGUGUAUCAAGGUAAACCCGAAGAAUUUCGCCCUGAAAUAAUAUUAGAAAGAGAUGUGGCACCAGGUAUAUCUAUGGUGACACAGACUAGCGGCAUGAUACUUAACGAACUGGCAACUAUACAUAAUAUCAACUUCAAUUAUAGUAUAUGUGACAGAUGGGUUGGAGAUUAUAAAAGAGAAAGUCCGAAUGCUGUGACUAAUUCAUUGUAUUUUAAGGAAAUUGAUAUAACACCAACAUUACGUUUUUUACCUUCUCAUAUGGACUACUAUGAUGUUAUACACCAAUAUGUAACAUAUGCUGAAGGUAAAUACUUCUACCGCAUCCCAACUACUGGAGUGGGUAAGUUUGAAAACCAAUUCCUCACACCAUUUACCCGAGAUGUCUGGUUUACUGCGAUCGGAGUAAUAACGCUAUGUGGUUUUGGCCUGUUAUUGAGCGCAAAACUGGAGAAUCGACCGAAGUCAGGACAUUAUGCGUUUUUCUCAGUUGUGGCAUUAUCUUGUCAACAAUUUUUCGAAGAUAUAGAUGACGGUGUUGUAAAGAGGAACUCCACGGCUCGAAAGCUUACUAUUCUAGUAACUGGUGUAUCAUGCGUUCUGAUUUUCAACUACUACACAAGCAGCGUUGUCAGUUGGUUGUUAAACGGACCACCACCAUCUAUUAACUCUUUAUGGGAACUGAUGGAUAGCCCUCUUGAACCGAUCUUUGAGGAUGUUGGUUACACCUGGUCCUGGCUUCAGCUACCCGAUUAUUAUUACAAUAAAAAAAACGCGCGCGCUGAAGAUGUUUUGAAGAAGAGAAUUAAAAAGAAAGGAAAUUUAAUUCUAACAUCCCCAAUGAAGGGUGUGGAAAUGGUUAGAACUGGAGCAUAUGCCUUCCAUUGCGAUGCGAACAGUGCAAAUAAAUACAUAGCGAAAACUUUCACGCCGAAAGAGCUCUGUGACUUGGAUUCUUUGCCGUCUUUUGAAAAAGCACUAUUGUAUACAUCGGUUCAGAAAAAUAGUCCUUACAGAGAGUUCUUUAUUUGGAGUUACGCUCGAAUAACAGAACAAGGAAUAAUGAAAUUAAUUCAAUCUCGAACGUAUCCCCGUGUGAUGACAUGUGAAGGGAGUUCUCCAAGAGCCCUAGCACUUGGAGGCGCUACUCCGGCAUUCAUAAUGCUUGCUAUCGGAUAUGUUGCCGGCACAUUUAUUAUGUUUAUGGAAAGGAUUUUGAAAGCUCACGAGCAUAAAAAGCUUGCAAACUGAUAAUGAACGUUGAAGGACUAAAUAACAAGAAUGAUAGGUGUACAUUUUUCAUCAUAGUAGUUUUUAAUUGUGAAGUCACGAUAUCAAUAGUUAUUUUCAAUAGCAAUACAACCUUUGAUUAAAAAUUUGUAUCUGUAUGUAUAGUAUUAAUAUAUAUAAUGUAUGUGUGACGCUUUUAUAAAUUUAAUUUAUGUAUUAUAAUAUAUUAUUAUGUAUCAGCAUAAAUAAAUAAACGAU